CUAGGCAGAACGUUGAACACAUGAUACCUGAGUUGUUGACGAGGAAAUUGUUGUUGAGACAAGUUGCAACGAUAUACGACCCCUUGGGUCUCAUCGCACCGUUCACUCUAAGGGGCAAAUUAAUGAUGAGACAGCUUGUGACAAAGCAUUCGUCGCAAAGUGGAUCAACAAGCUGGGACGAGCCCGUGCCGACUCAAUGUAGAAGCGAAUGGAUUGCAUUCUUUAAUGACAUGUUCAAAAUCGAAGAUCUCCGCUUCCCUAGAUGUAUAAGACCGCCAGGGGCCAUCGGAGAACCAACGUUGAUUAUUUUUUCAGACGCCAGUUCGCAAGCAUACGGAGCGUGUGCCUAUGUCCAUUGGCAAAUGGAGGCGCAAAGACACAAGGCCUUCCUCAUAUCGGCAAAGAGCAAAUUAACUCCCAUCCGCCAACUAAGUAUCCCAAGACUCGAGCUUUGUGCUGCUAUUGUUGGGUGUCGACUUGGUGAAACCAUCCAAAAAGAAAUGACCUACAGAUUUAACGCAGUCGUUUACGUUGUUGAUUCUAUUAUUGUGAGGUCACAGAUACAGAAAGAAUCCUACGGCUUUGGAACUUUCGUAGCAACAAGGAUUGCCGAAAUCCAAGAAAAAACGAGCCCCUGCCAAUGGUGGUGGAUUAGUAGUUGCAACAACCCUGCGGAUAUGGUAACUAGACCGUCCAAACCGGAAGAAUUGGCGGUAGAGACCACAUGGCAAAACGGACCCUCAUUCCUGAGAGGACCAAAAGAAACAUGGCCCAUCAGCCAGAAACCAUACGAAAACGAAUUACCGGAUCGAAUAGUCGUUGGUAUGACGACGGUCACGCCACUUUCCGAUCCUGAUAUAUGCAACGACAUCAAAAUCAGCAACUUUAGCAGUUUUGACAAGCUCCUCAGAGUGACAGCUCGAGUGAUAAGAAGUGCUGAGGACAGAUCCUUUAAGAACAUUGGGCAGCCAUUGAAUGCUGCACUUCUGGCAAAGGCUGAAAAACUAUGGAUAAAACAUGCUCAAAGGCAGCUGCUCAUCAACUGGCAAAAUCGUUUCCGAAGACUAGGUCCCAGCAUUGAUAGCGAAGGUAUCCUGGUAGUCGGCAAUCGCAUUUCGAAGUGGUUGAGGGACAAUUGGAAUCGGCACAGUUUCAUACUUUUGCCAGUCAAGCACCCCCUAACCGACUUAAUCGUUCAAAAGUUACAUAAUAGGGAUCAUGGAGGCGUCGAGUCCACUCUAGCUCGUCUACAGACCAAAUUCUGGGUGCCUGGUGCCAGAAGGGUGAUAAAACGGAUCAAACGACAAUGCGUGACAUGCAGAAAGUUGCUCAAACAGACCCACAGCCAAAUAAUGGGUCCAGUCAUACCCGAAAGACUUCAGCCCUCCCCGGCAUUUUACAACACAGCAUUGGAUCUAUUCGGACCGUUCUUCAUCAAAGACACCGUGAAACGCAGAACGAAAGCCAAAGCCUACGGCGUAUUGUUCACCUGUUUAUCGACCAGAGCCACGUACAUAGACCUCGCCGAGGGAUAUAGUACCGAAGAUUUUUUGCAAACCUUUCGCCGCUUCGUUACGCUGCGAGGCUACCCGGCCACAAUUUAUUCCGAUGCGGGGUCACAGUUAGCAGCCGCUAAAAAGGAACUCCGAGAUAUGAUCCGUCGUUGGGAUCUGAAUGAAUUGUCGAGCAUAGGCUCCGCGCAAGGUUUACGAUGGAAUUUCACAAAAUCGUCAGACGCUCCGUGGCAAAAUGGUUGUAGCGAGGCGCUAAUUCGUCUAGUGAAACGCACUUUGAACAUCGUCAUAGCAGAAAACAUUCUCACUUUUGGCGAAUUACAAACAGUUCUUUUCGAAGUUGCCAACCUGUUAAACGAACGACCGAUCGGCAGAAAACCCGGGGCUGAUCCCACGGCGGGCGUCUAUCUAUCACCCAAUGACCUCCUUCUAGGACGAACAGAAAUCGCGCCACCACAGGGACAGUGGGCUGAGACUUCUAGGCUGGCCGACAGAUUUUUAUUUCUUCAACGAAUCGUUACGUCCUUUUGGAAAAGGUGGUACCGGGAUUAUUUUGCAUCGUUGUUGAUACGACAGAAAUGGCACCACAAGAACUGCGACCUUCGACCAGGAGAUAUUGUCCUUGUACAGGAAAACAAGCCACUACGGGGUAAAUGGAAAUUAGCUGAAGUUACCGAUGUCGAACCAAGCACCGAUGGGAACGUUCGAGACGUAAUCCUCCGCUACAAAGCACAGACGGACGGAAACGCAUACACCGGCCAACCCGAUAUCAUCAUAAAACGGUCAGUCCAUCGGCUCGUCCUCCUCAUCGAAGCUGACUCAAGAUAGGGGCGGGGAGUGUAUCGCCAGAAAGGCAACGGCGAUAUGUACGGCGGAAGUACUGUGGUCUUUUUGUAUCAUGCUUAAAAUUCGGGACGCGAUUUAUUUGAAUAAUCGUUUAACCAGGCAUAGUUAAUUUGAAAUUUGAACAUGUCAUGAUCUCAUAUCUUAUUUAUGUUUAUCCUUGAUUUCUUUUUAUCUUGAUAGUUGGUAAUUUGUAUUUAUCAUGAUUAUGACCAGGACUACGCGCACCGUAGAUGAAAUUUGUACUGAAAAUUGAACGCAAAUUAUACAUCACGGUGCCAAUGUUCGUUUACGUUA